AUGGCUAAUAUUUCAUCUGGUAAAAAACCGUUAACUCUAUUGGAAGUUAAAGAUUUAGUUGAAAAGGAAAAAAAAUGUGUUAUCGUAAUUAAUAAUCGAGUAUAUGAUGUAACAAAAUUUAUUGAUGAGCACCCAGGUGGUGAAGAAGUUCUAAAAGAGCAACAGGGUAGAGAUGCGUCAAGUGCGUUUGAAGAUGUUGGACAUAGUUCUGAUGCACGUGAACAAAUGAAACAAUUUGAAAUAGCUGAGCUUCAUUCAGAUGACGGCAAGAUACCCGUUAAGCCUCGUCCUUUCAUCGGUUACAAUGAAACGAGUGGUGGUGGUGAUUUACGGCAGCAAAAAAUUGAGCCGUUAACGAACUAUGAAAACCAAUUUUAA